AAACACGAGAAGUCACGACCUAUACAACUGUAAAGUGACUGGUAUUUGUUAUAAUUACAUACUGUACUGUUUUUCGUUUCACGUUUCCGCCCACCCUUGCGUACCUUAACUAUGGGCGCGCAGCCGAUUCAAGUCGACGACACUGCUCGCGACGUGGCAGGGCUGAGGUUAGACCUCGCCCACGCCUGGCGCUCGCAGCGUCUCGUCUACCGCUCCAUCUCGGCCGAUGAUGAGGAUGACCUGGGCAUCAUCCAGGCCAUCAACGCCGACCCCGUCAAUGUCGCCAUGAGCGGGGGUGGAAUGCUCCGGCCGCCCACCAAGAGCUCCACCAAAGGCAUAGCCAGCGCGCUCGAGGCAAGCCUGCUCGCGGUCAUGAUCUGUCUGCCAGCAUCAGCAGACGCACAACAGGAGGAUUCAGAAGGAAACGGCUUGUCGUCCAAGAAGCCUGUGCCUAUUGGAUUCAUAUGUCUUGACUACGGCGGCCAAAACCCCGUGCAUCCCACGACCCACAACCGCAGCGCCACGCUCGGCCUCGCCCUGGCCGCUGCGCACCAGAGCAACGGGUUCGGGCCCGAGGCCAUCGACUGGGUGCUGAACUGGGCCUUCCGCUUCGGCAAUCUGCACAGCGUCAGCCUCGACGUCGUCGAGUACAACGACAGGGCCAGGAAGGCGUACAAGAAGAUCGGGUUCGUAUACGAGGGCCGGAGUCGCGAGGUCAUUUUCAGCAACGAGAGGUAUUGGGACAUGGUGCACUAUUCGAUCCUGGAUAGGGAGUGGAAAGCUGCGAGGCUGGCUGCCGGCCACAACAAUUGAGCAGAAGCACAUACACGCGCCCGAUUGUGGUCAUGAGGCCGUCAUCGGAUCAGAUACACAUGCGUUUGGGCUUGUCGCUAAUCCAGUCAAGGGUCAGAGAGGCCUGCGUACACUGACAGGCCUCAAGGUCAUUUUCAAGGUCAUGUAAUAAUGGGGCAAGGUGGCUCUGCUUUCAUGCAAAACUUGAAAAAAAAAAAAAAAAAAAAAAAAAAGGAAAAGAAAAGGGGGACCGGAUUCAGACUGUAUAUCGAAGUACAUAGUAGUAAAAAUAAACAAGUAUUAUAGUCUCCCC